CAGCCAUCUGAUUCAGAAUUAUUCACAGGGUUCUCCUUUUAUUCUCAACUCAAAUCAAUAAGGCAAAGAAGGAAGGAAAGAAAGACACAUGGACUGCUCUCUCAAAAGGACAUAAAGUAUGAUUUAGGUAACUCAAAAUGAUACAUGAACUCAGGAGACUCAAAGAGAAACUCACCUCAGCUGCCGCCCCAUGUGGGAGUGAAGAAAGAGUGAGGGGUAGGUGAAUGCAGUCCUUAUAUAACGAGUGACAGGUGAGUGCAAUUAAGGCCAAGCACCACACCCAAUCAAAGGUGAGGAAAAGAAACAAGGUGCAUCUGGUGAAGUGAAUGUGCUAGAAGGAGAGCCUUUACAACACAACUUCUGACCCUGAAUCUUUCACUUGAAGAACACUCCAGAAUGAGUGGAUGUGAAGUGACGAAGAGGAGGAAAGUGACCGGGUUGUUUGGUUAACGGGAGCCGCCGCUCACGGUUUCUGCUCGCUCUUGCAUCUGCACACAGAAUGAGAGGCGAUGAAGAGACCAAAGCUGGCCGGAGCUUUCCUCUUCGUGUGCUGCCUGUUUGCCUACCUGAUGUUCGUUAAGCAUCACUACUCCACCUCCAAACCGGAGGCCUACAGACUACCUCCUCACCGCCAGCCUGACUCAGACCUCAGCGCAGAUGACGGGCCCACCUCUGAUGCUGGACGGCGCUUCCAGUACGGCAUCAUGUUUGAUGCUGGGAGCACUGGAACCAGAAUCCAUGUCUUUAAGUUCCAGAUAGAGGACAAAGGAGCUCCAAAGCUGGCCCAAGAGACGUUCAGAGCCAUCAAACCAGGACUGUCAGCGUACGCCGACGAGCCGCAGCAGUGCACUGCAGGGAUCGUGGAGCUCUUGGAGGUCGCCAAGUCCAGCGUCCCCCCUUCGUACUGGACCUCCACCCCCGUGGUCCUGAAGGCGACGGCUGGGCUGCGUCUACUUCCUGGAGAGAAAGCCGACCAGCUGCUGGACAGAGUGAGGGCGCUGUUCCUGGAGUCUCCCUUCCUGUCCACAGAUGACAGCGUGUCCAUCAUGGACGGCACCGAUGAAGGUAUUUCUGCUUGGAUCACCGUCAACUUCCUCAUAGGUGGUCUUCACAGUGCUCACUCGCCCACAGUGGGGAUGCUGGAUUUGGGAGGUGGGUCGACUCAGAUCACCUUCAGCCCUCAGGACAAGAAAACCAUCCAGACCUCACCUAUCGACUACAUCCGGACCUUCCAGAUGUUCAACCACCCACAUGUGGUCUACACUCACAGCUAUCUGGGUCUGGGCCUGAUGUCGGCUCGCCUCGCCAUCUUGGGAGGCGUCGGUGCCCCGCCCCUAGGGGGCAGCCCGGAGCUGGUCAGCCCCUGCCUUGCUCCAGAGUACUCGGGCAGCUGGGAGCACGCUGACGUGGUCUACACUGUGAAAGGCCAGAGCACAGGGGAGCCGGUUUACGAGGCGUGCCUGAACAGAGUGGAGAAGGUUUUGUACCAGAAGGUGGCGAAGGCGUCCGGCGUGACCGACAUGGACUUCUACGCCUUCUCCUUCUACUACGACCGCGCCGUCGACAUCGGCGCCAUCGACGAGAAGAAGGGAGGAAGCAUCAGAGUGUCCGACUACACCGACGCAGCGAAGAAAGGGUGCAGCGACGUGUCCGUCGGUCCUCAGCGGAGCCCCUUCCUCUGUCUGGACCUGGUCUACAUCUCAGCCCUGCUGCAGGAGCUCGGCUUCCCUCCACACAAGCAGUUCAGGCUUGCGAGGACCAUCAACCAGGUGGAGACCAGCUGGGCUCUGGGCGCCACUUUCCACUACAUCGAGUCCCUGAAGGCACACUGAAGCUCUGAGCUUUUUUUAUUUUGAAAAGCUCGGGGUCCUGCUUACUCUGAACACAGCUGACUGAUGAUGUUUGUGCCAAAGCAGAAAUCUGAGCGGUGGGAUAAAAACGUGACGUGUGUGAAAGCGGCUCAUUCAGACCGGCGGUCAGGAGGCCGGGCUGAACUCGCUACGGUCCCAGCGUGGUUCAUUAAUCGAAUAUUUCACAUUUUUAAGACCAAAAGGAUGCGGUGGAGCCAAGGGUUUGUGAGCCAGUGACGGGAAAAAAUAAAACCCUGUUUAUGUGUUUGUUUGUUUUCCAUUAGAUAAACUUUUGUUAGUCCCACACGUGGGAAACUUGUUUGGUCACGGCACAAAGUUAACCAUUUAACACGUUAGUGCUCUUCUUUUAGGUUUCUGGGAUGUUGUUGGUAGUGUUGUGGGUUUUUCCGUAGAUGUGUCGGUUUCUUGCGAGUUCUGCGUCGGUGUUUUGGGAAUUUGGGUCGUUGUUUCUGAGCGUCGCCUGAAUGACCAUCAGCGUGUCUUCUCACCUGAUCAAACUAAGCCGGGCUCAGUGUGAGCAGCUCGUUGGCGACUGAUUGUUUUUAUUCUGAAGGACUUCCUGUUUGUAUCCCUGUAGUUUCAUGAUGAGCAGAUGUUUAAACGGUUCCUGUAGAAACCCGUCUGUUUGGCUCUCAGGUGCUGAGACCGUAAGAGUCUGAGUCACGUGACUUUGGCGUCGCCUCCUCUGAAGAAGGGUUAUUAUGAACUGUGAAUCAUGGCGAGCUGCUCUGUGAGAGCCUCAAAUAGACCUGAGUGUCCUUCUGUUACGUGGAGAAGCUCCUCCUCUCUGUAACGUUCGUCUCAGUGAUGAUCAUCUUCAAACCACCGAAGCAGCAGCUGGGCUCUCAGCAGGCCAGAGCUACACCGGCUUAUUUCACACAGAGCGGCUGUGCAUCAGUCCCAAUAUUAAAUUGAAGAAUGUGAAAUGUUUUCCUUCAGCUGAUCCUGUGCUUCAUAUGAACGAUGAUGUUUGCAGGUUUUUAAGGAUGUAUUUUUAUAUUCUGAAUCAUAAACUCUGUAUUGUGAUCAAUAAUUCAUUGGAAUAAAAACUGGAAACAGCUUUAAUUCAUAAAAACCUGAAGGUUUCACUUAAACACAUUCAGGAAAAAUAAAGUUUAACAGAAGAUGA